AAUCCCACGACAAGAAUCCCGAUCAUCACACUCCCAUUCCACAUGAGCGCACUCUAUCCCGCACCUAUCUCAAUACCUAGUCCCACAAUCCCAAUUCCCCCCUUCUCCCCAACCUCCCAGACCCAAAUACCAAAAUACCAACUCAGACCUCUCCCGCACACUCGCCCACGGCAACCACACACCAUCUCCCCAACUUCCCAAGCGCUACGGCCCCCAGCCCAUCGCCUACCUACCUACCAUGCCCUACCACUGACCAUGUCCAUCGUACCAUGGUCCCCCAAACUCCCUAGUCCAACUCAAGUCCAUUCUUGCGAACCAUGGGUGUGCUGGCAUCGCGUAGGGCGGCAGCCUUACCGCGACUGUAGACCGAAGGGCUAACUAAGAACUUGGAUGCCUUGCUCUCGGCCGCGGAGGCUGGUGAGGUGGAGGUGAUGUCGAAUGUCGGCCUUGUAGAGGUGAGAUCUUAGAGUGGUUGAGAGGGGGGUAUGUGCGUGUGUGUGAGGCAUGUGGAAU